AGAUAUAUAUAUAAGAUCUAUGCUGUAAGGUCUCUAGACUCCUCCAAUAUGUUAUUUUAACAUAACCUAAACAUAAAUGUGAUUGCCUUUAAAAAAUUUGUUAAAUAAACUAAUGAUUUAUUGAAGACACGAUUAAUAUCAGUAUUUAAUAAUAAUAAUAAUAAUUUCAUAAAAAGCGGUCGUAAUUAUGUUCGAAAAACCUCAGCCGCAAUUACUCAACGUAAAUAGAAAACCCAGUCAGCCGAAAAGGCGAAGAAAAAUCACACUUGUUUUCGACGAGGAAAAGCGACGAGAAUUUUUAGGAGGAUUUCAUAAGAGAAAGUUGGAACGAAAGAGGAAAGCUCAGGAACAAUUGCAACAGCAACUGAAAGAGGAACGAAAAAAAAUUAAACAAGAAGCGCGAGAACGUUAUAAAAAUUCAUUAUCCCAGCAAGUUGUCCCAGAACUAGAAAAAUUGUUAUCUCAACAAGAAUAUGAUCUAGGAAGUCAUACAGUCAGUAUUUUAGAACUGAAUGUUGCGGAUCUCGCAGAAGGGAGUAAAUGGAUAGGUGAAAAUAAAAUAAAAAAAGAAGAUACACAAGAAGAUAAUAAAAGCGAUUAUUGCAAUGAUGAUGACGAAGAGAUUAUAGGAAUGUCAUUGCAAGAAAAACAGAAGACUCAAGUACAGCAAGAAUCCAAGUCCAAUGUUCGAGAGAUGAAAUCUUCGAAAGAACUGAAGCGAGAAGUUAGAAAAGCAGCAUUAGAACGAAUGAAAAACAGUAAGGCGUUCCAACAAAAGCAGAAAUUAGAAAGACAGAAAAAUAUAAAGCAUAGUCAAAAAUUACGGAAAGCUCAGAAAUUAGCGCACAAACGUAGUAAAAAGAUUAAAAAGAAAUCCAGACGCUAGACUGGCUUGACAAAUUUGCUGCAAAAAAUCUAAAUAAAUAUAUUUUGUAAUCAACAUUGUGUACAUAUAAAUAAACAUCACUUCUUUGUCUUUAUGUUUUUUGAACCAUA